UGGUUCAGUUUUCUCCGAGCUCUGAACCUGGUGUUAUCAUCAAGGUUUCUGUGUUCCGACAAAAACUUAUCUAUUCAAGUAAAAUCUCUUUUACGAAAUCUCUUGCCAAGAAUUUCAAAAUAUCCUGUGACUCCGGACUAAAAAACCUUUCGUAUAGUACACUUUCUCUCCAAACCGUUGAGGAUCAAGCCUUAAUCCCUUCUCCCAUACCAAACCUAAUCCUUUCCCUAUUCGAUCUGCAUUCCAAUUCUAUAGUUCCUGUUGCAACUAAACCCCUGUCUUAUCUCCGAGCCUUCAGACCAGUAAUUCCUUUUCCUAUACUAAAACCUGGGAUUUGGUCGCUAGAGGAAUCAAGAACAUUCAUACAACUUGACCAUCCGGAGGAGACACGGUUGUCUUACAAACCUUGAGAUUAGAUCUUAAACCCAUCCAACACUGGAGAGAUAAUAUUGUUACGAGACUGUUCUCCGGGUCCAGGAAACAAGUUGAGAAUAGGAGACAAAACCCGUCCUUUCAACAUUAAGGAACUCACAGUCUCAACAAUGCUGGCGAUAAAUUUCAAUAUUGGGACCUUGAUUUUCAUCAUUUCAUCAAAGGGUCUUAGUGAAACCAACGGUAUUCAGACAUUUCAGAAAACCUCAGGUUUGGAGGAUGUCUACUUUUCCAGCAAACUGCCCGAAUUUGACCGAACUAAAUCCCAGAAUGUGACCGCUUUGGUCGGAAAAACUACAUUUCUAGCCUGCAGUGUUAAAAACCUUAAACACAAUCAAAAGGUAUCCUGGAUAAGACACAAGGAUGUCCAUAUUCUAACUGCUGGAGAGAGAACGUUUACCACGGAUCAGAGGUUUAGCGCUAAACAUAAUACAGACGAUGAGUGGGUGUUAGUAAUCAAAUAUGUUCAGGAGAGGGAUGCCGGUAUUUAUGAAUGUCAGAUUCCUACUCAACCUCCACAAGCUUAUCAGAUCAAGCUUAACGUUAUCGUGCCACAUGUUGGAAUCCAAGGAUCACCUGACCUGCAUGUUGACCGGGGUUCAAUGAUUAACCUGACCUGCACCAUCUCCCAUACACCUGAACCACCAGCAUAUAUAUUCUGGUAUCAUAACGACCAGGUCGUCGCAUACGACUCUCCCAGGGGAGGAAUUACAGUUUUAACUGAGAAUGGUGAGGAUACCCGGAGCCAUCUGAUAAUCAAGAAUGCUCGUGGCACUGAUUCUGGAAACUAUACUUGUAAACCAUCUAUAUUUAAAACUGCUACAGUCAGGCUUCAUGUUCUACAAGAUGAUCCACCGCGGGAACUGCACCAUACUUCAGACGGAAGCGCAUCCGUUACUUUCUCCCCAGUCGUCUUCGUUCUUUCAAUUCUUCUAGAAACAUCCACCGCUGUUUUAUUGGCAGUUGUAAACUAGAAAGAAAGUUGGUAAUUACAUGAGUAUUAUCAAAGAUUGGUUAACUUUUGCAAGCUUAAAACUUUCUUUACGUAAACUGUAAUAGAAGCAAGGUGUCUAUUGUGAUUGAACUCAACAAGGGAAGGUUUAUAACUCCUUAAAAAAUAUUAUGAACAAGAGGCUAUAUAGCUAGCUUUAAAUAUACAAAAAAAAAUUAUAAAUCUAAAAUAACUCGUAACAAAAAAUUAGCUGAACCUACAAAAUGUCUGUAGUUUUUUUUAAUAAAUACCAGUUGUGAAUAUCUUUCAAAGAUUUAAUGUUUCCUAGAUACUGUUCAUGACACAACACAAUUAUCAUUGUUUAGAUUUAAGCAUUUAUGUCACUUUUUGUAUUCUUUUUAUUCCGAAAGAAAUCGAGUCUUUGCGCCACAAAAUCAAAUUUUCUAAUCCCUAUAUCUUUGCAAACCUAUGGUGUUAUCCCCUAAUAUUUCAAACAUAGAUUUUUUUAUUUAUAGUUUGAAAUAUCUAAAGGUCAGAGUGUUGCAAAGAGAAAGAGAUUAUAAAAUCAGAUUUUGUGGCAAUAACUAAAUUCCUUUUUUUAAAAAAAAUUAAAUUUUAAGAUAGAAAUUGUAAUGGUAUUCAAAUUAAGUUUUAAACCUGAACAAGAAAAUGGUAUCAUAUAUAUCUUUUUCAACAGAAUUAUAUAUCUUAUUUUAUUUUUUUUUCACCAAGAUCAAUCAAGUUUUCACUAAAUAUAUCUGCUCAGUGUAAUGUUUAUGAUUUUUAAUAAACGUAUUUUAAUAA